UGUGCGUGUGGACGUGACUGCGCGCGUGUGUAUUAACUGGGUCAUGUGGUACUCACUCAGGAAACAUGGCUGACCAAAGUGAAUCGGAAGAACUGGACGCCGAUCGAAAGUCUUUUUCUACUCAUUUACUGGAAAAUAGGAAUUUAAGCCAACAGGGAACUGUGUUGAAAAUGAGUCAAAAAUCAGAUGGAAAAUUAAUUUCUAAACCAGUUGAUGCUCAACUCUUUAAUGUUGAUCUGUCUUCUGUUCCACUGCCACCUGCAGCAGCAGCGGCAGAAACUGUCGUUGAAGACACUUCGUUUUCAUCACAAAAUCAAACUGUGGCUUUCACAAAGAAAAAGUACAAUGAUGAGUGUAAUUCCUCAAAAAGUAUGUCCAAUAUUCUACCUCCAUCUUCACUUUCAUCUACAAGUUCCAGUUCUACAACCACAAGAAUUCAUUUGCCUUUUACAUCAAGUGGAUUGUCAUUAUCUAGUGAUGUAUCACAAAUAUCUACAACUUCAGUACCACAACCAGUGCCCCCUCCUGUGUCUAUGCCAAUGACAUCAGUUUCCACAUUGCCGCCAUUACCGCUAACACCUGUACCCCCUGUUCCACCACCUCCAGUCUUACCAGCAACACCUUCUUUAGAUCUAUCAAAUUUUCAAACACAAAUUAUGGUACAGCAUAAUAACAGUAACAAUGUAGUAUCUUCUUCAACUCCAUACAUUGAUAGUAUGGAUAAAGAAACAACACAUUCUAUGAAAAAAGAUACCAUAGACAUAACGAAAUCUCUAUCAUCACCGGACGCUCAAAAGGAUUCUAAAUCUGAUAAAAAUCAUAUAUUAGCAAAAACCCCUAAUAGAAUCACUCGAUUUUCACUGAAGUCACCUGAUGGUGGUGGCAAACCAAAAGUUUCGUUCCAGAUAAAACGUAAAAAUAGACCUAUUGUUGGUGAUAAAACAGAAUCUAUUGUUGAGGAAGAAGAUGUAAUCAACAGUAACCCUGGACAGUUUGUCACCAGAAAGAGAGAAAUGUUUAAACCAGCUGAAGUUGAGUCUGUAGCAGCUCAGCAAAUUGCAUUAAUCAAAAGUUUAGGAAUUUUGGAAAAUGUUCAAAAGAAAGCUCAAACAUCACCCACAGGUCUGGAAACAGAACCAUCUUUAUUAACAACAGAUCGAACUUCUCCUAGUGACAAAACAGUAGAUAAAACUUUACUAAAUAAAGUAAGUGAUAAAAUAUCAGAAAUAUCUCUUUUAGGGAAAGAGGAGGAAAAGCAAUCAUUGGAUGACAAAUCGCAAGAGAUGGCCAAUGAAAAAUGUACCCCAGAGAAAGUCCGUGAACAAUUUUCUCAUGAAACUAGUCAAGAAAAUUCAAACAUUACAAAUGAUAAACCAAAAGAAGUUACUCCUCAUGGGAGCCCAAGUGAAAAUUUGAAUAAAGAAAAGUUUACAGAGAAACCAGUGAGCGAGAAAUCUGUUAAUAUAACUCCUGAAAAAUCUCAUGAACCUUCAUCAUCAACCAAUCAAUCUCGUGGAAAGUCUACACGUGACAGAAGUUCAGACCAUUCAUCAUUAGAACGAACGCAUGAUCGCUCAACUCGAGAUAAAUAUGAUAAGAAUUCUGACAAGUCUCGUGAUCGAAAUACUCAUGAUCGUUCUGGGAGAGAUAGUUCCCACGAUCGUUCUAUAAGAGGGCAGUCCUAUGAAAGAGGGGGAAGGGAGAAAUCUCAAGACAGAUCAAGAGACUGGGAAAGAUCACGAGAUCGAUCAACAAGAGAUAGAUCUCGUGAAAGAUCAUAUGACAGAUCAUCUCGAGACAGGCGUGAUAGAUCAAACAGAGAUCGGUCAAAUAGAGACAGGUCACGUGAUCGAUCAACUCGUGAUAGGUCACGAGAACGAUCCACCCGUGGUAGAUCAAGGGACCGAUAUAUGAGGGAAAAGUCUUAUGAGAGAUCUCCAGAUGAAAGAUCUUUAUCUGAUAAACCUUCAGAUCAUAUAAAAAAUCGUUCUGAUAAUUCCUACGACUAUAGAAACUCUCAGAGACGCUUUAAUACUAGAGAAAGGAGAAGUCGAUGGAGUGAAAGAUAUGAUGAUAAUCGUUAUAGUCGAACUUCUGAUCGGUAUAAAAGGGACACAUAUGACAAUCGAAUAUCUUCUCAUUAUUAUGAUGAUGAUUACUAUAAUCGGUCGCAUUAUGAGGAUAAAAGAUCUCGCUAUGAUGAUAGACCUUUUUACAGCCAAGAUAAACAUCAGCGAUCUGAUGAUGUUUACUCAGAUCGUUAUGAUAGAAGAAAUAGGAGAGGUUUUCAUCCUUCGGAAGACAAAGUUUCUGACAUAGAUAGUAGUUUAAAAGAUUCUAGUUCUCCAAUCCGUCACUCAUUUACUGGAACUAAAUCAUCAAGCAUAGGUAGUGGAAUAAAUGCUAUAAGUGUUCAUUACAGCCAGGCCAGUGAUAGUGAUAGUUCCCCUGUCCAUAACUUAGAUGGAAUGAAGCAAUAUAAUCAGCUACAGUAUAGUUCUUCCAGUGUAGUUGUAUCUAGUACAAGUACAGUUCCAACAAACCAGCUGCCAGUAUUUGGACAAGAACAUCAAAUACAAAAUUACAGUAAUAAAUUAGAUGAAUGUAGUACUGCAACUAAUUAUAAUUAUGGUGAUUCAACACCAGUCCGAGAUGAACCAAAUGAUUAUGAAUUCAAUUUUGCACAGAAUUCCACUCCAGUUAAUUCUUAUCAGGGCUUUGGUAAUCUUUAUCAGCCUAAUACUAAUGCAAUGAAUUGGUUGGCUCCUCCUCUAGAACCAGCCCAAGACAUUGAUGUAAGCCAGAGAAUUAAUAGUACAACUACUAUUCCAACUGUAUUAGGGGAUAAUUCAAGUUAUCCUUCUGUUCUAAAUACCAGCAUGCAACAGAAAGAACAUGCAAGCAUAGUUCCUAUUACACUUGCCUCUCAAAAUAUAGCAGACCCAUCAAGAAUUAAUAUGAAUAUUUCCAAUGCUGUCACUGAACACAGAAUCCCUACACUCCUAAAAGAUUUCCCCAAAAUCACUCAUAAUAACAAUUCAACACAAAACUUUGCUCUAACUUCAAAUGUUAAUCAACUAAAUUUGUCUUCUGUUUCUACUUCAACCGUAAGCUUGAACUCUAAUAUUAAUCUAAAUCCUUGUUUACCAAAUUCAGUUGGACUGCCACCUGUUGCCAUUAGUCAUUUACCACCACCACCACCACCACCACCACCACCACUACCACUACCAGCUGAAAGUAAUGCAAACUUUUUAACUCGACCCUAUGAAGUGAAACUUGAAAAUUCAAGCUAUAAUGUUUUGAGUAAUUAUGCAUCAAGUAAAACACCUUCUCAGUCUCAACCUGUCAUUCAUAGUAGCAACAAAGAUUUCAGUUCCUCUCAAAAGGAACAACUUCAAGCUGUUACAUCAAUUGCUAUUGCAGAUAUUACAGUAGGUAGUUUUAGUGAUUCUAAAGUGUCUUUGACAUCACAAAGUACUGUACAGAAACCUGUUGCACAGUUAAGUUAUUCGGCAGAUAAAUUGCAUGUUGCAGAUUCUAUCACUCAGUCUCCAAAGAUAGAUAGUUGUCAUAAACCAGGGCUUGAAAAUCAAUUAUUAACUUCAGGCAUUUCUGUAAAAUCCACAGACUCUUCUGCUGAAGAUUACAAUAAAUAUUUUUCUUUGAUAAGCAAACAAACAUCCCAAAUGAAGACAGUUGAUGAACCAGCUCUACCAGUAACAAAUUUAGCUCUUGAACAUGUCCCAAUCAUAGAAUCUUCUCAUAUAAUUGAACCUGCUGAGACUAAGCAGAGAACAUUAGUCAGUAGCCAUUUAGGAGAAGCAGAAGUUAGUUCCUCUGACUAUUUAUUGACAGAGCAAUCAACGAAACUGGCAGUUAAAACAGAACAACCUUCACUUGAACAGUGUAUACCAGACUCUGACUGUACUGAUCAGAAGAAAGGUAAAAUUAACGAAACUGAUAUUAAAAAUGAAAGUCAAGAGAAGAGAGUUCCUGCUGUUGUAAACACAACAGAUAGUCUUUGCCUAAAAGAUAACUUUGAAGAAGAACUAAUGGAAGUUGAUUCUCCUGAAAGUUCUUGCUACAUUGAGACAAACUUUAAUAUGUCUUCUGCUCCGAACGACAACCAAGGACAAACAGCUGACAAUCGUGACGACCGUUCUAUCAUUUCCACUUCAUGUAGCAAUAGUCAGAUUCAAGAUAUACAAACUGAAGUUCCACAUGGAAAAACUGAAAAUAAAGUUUAUCUGAAGUCGGAUUGCAAAGUAACAGAUAGUUCAACGCUAUCAAAUCGAGAAAAUGAAAUUUCUUCUAGUGAUAUGCAGAAAACAAGCUGUGAUAUUCUUAACUCUGAGAACACUAUUACUACAACUGGUAAUGAAGAGAAAAUCAAAUUCUCUUCUCCAGAUUUGUCAAAUUCAGUGACAAUUAGUAAAUACUCAGAAAGCUCUCGUCAGGCAUCUACUGACAACAAACACAUAAAAUUUCAGCAUGUCAUUCGUAGUAUUACCACAGACACUACUUAUUCAGUUGAUGUCACAUCAUCUGAUGAAAAAUUCCCCAAAAUAAACAAACCAAAAUUUCACGCUCUUCAGAAAGAUAGACAAAAUAUUCCAAAAUUGGACACUUUAUCUCCGAAGAAUACUAGUCAGAUCAUUUCAAGUGGGAAAGAAAUUAAGAGUGGCAAGGUUAGUGGUAGCAGACCAACAUCACGCUGGGAUGUUUCUAAUCCAUCUCAAAGCAAGAACAGUGAUAUUGCAAAGUCAUCUUCUGUUGCUACUUCAAGUGAAGUACAAAGUUCCAAAUUACUGAAUCAGAAUAUUUUUGAAAUAAUUGGUGAAUCUAAAAAUAUUUUUCAGAAAGAUAGUCAGAAUCUUGUGUCUGUAACAAAUACUAAAGUUGGUCAAGUAAGUGUACUGAAGGAGAGUGAGACUGUUAAAGAACAGACCAUUUCAGUAUUCCAUGAAAGUCUUGAAUCUGAAUACCAAGAUAAGGUUAGUAAGAGCCAAUUGCCCAGCGUGAAGAAAGAAGAAAAGUUAAAAGUUGAACCAAUACUUGAGCAGCCGUUCAAAGAUACAGUGUUGUUGGAAACACAAGAACCUGUAAAUGUUGAAUUAUCCAAAGUAAACGAGUUAAAUGAAUCAAAAGAGCCAACCGUACUAAGUUCAAAUGAAGUUUCAGUAAAUAGUAGUGACCAGCUUAAAGGAAAGAAGGAGGAAAACACUGAGGUGGCUGCAGAACAAACUAACGAAGAAGAGCUAUUGGCAAGAAAUGUUGAUACCGUUUCAUCUAAGACUGAACAGGCAAGUGAGAUCAGUGUUAGUGAGGAUACUGCAGAAUGUUCUACACUUGCAGAAACCAGUGUAAGAAAUGAAGACUGCAGUAGUAAAGAUGAGGGCAUUGAGUCACCAAAUCAAGAAAAAUCUGUUAAGGGUAGUAAAAGAUCUGAGAGUGUGUCUCAGACAUGUCUAACUCCUGCACCCAGAAGAAGCGGCCGCAUUCGAUCAUUAGAAGAGAAGAGAGUUCGUGAGAAAGAAGGGAAAAAAGAGAAAGAUUGCCGUACAAAGAAGGACAAGAAAGAGGUGAAGACAGAUAAAGAAGCUGAAGAUAAGGAGAAGCUUGUUCACGAAGAUAAAAAUAUCGAUGAUCCAGGAACGAAGGAUAAUUCCAUAAAAGAAGAGUUAGCAAAAGAAGCUGAUGAGAGAAAAGAACGAGAGGGUAGACGAACUAGAAACCGAGCCAGCAACAAAGAAGAGGAGGAUCUAAAGGAAGAGAUGGAUAAAAAACGUCGAGAUCUUAACAACAGACAGGUAAAAGAGGACACCAAGAAAGUGACGGAAAUAGCAAAAGAGAAGCCAAAACGUCUUACUCGAAACAAAAAGCUUUUGGAGCCUGAAAAGACUAAAUCAGAUCAGAUUGGAUCAGAAAAUGAAAUUAAACAAGAUGAGUGUGAAGCUGCUAUAUUAAAUGUUGCUUCUGAUUGUUCACAAACAGAUACAACCUCUUCUAAUUCAGUUAGCCAAAUUAAAAAACCUUCGGCUGUUACAAGUAGCUAUAGCCUGAACCCGACACAAAAUAGUGCAUCUUCUCUUCAGAAAGAUUCAUUCCAAACCACUCCUACAACUACUGACCAACCAGCCAUUAAUAAAGAAACAAAGAAAGAAGAUUCCCUUACAUCAUCACGCCCCUUAAAGGUCAAGUCAAGGUGGAGAAAAACAAUGGAAGCUGAGUGGUUAUCAGCCAGUGCACAUAUAUCAAGUACAUCAACUGACUUGUCCAGUAGUGUUAGUACUACUAUACCUACCACACUAUCACCCCAAAUCUCCCCUUCUUUGCAAACAUUACCAUCAGCAGCUAUUGUGACAUCUUUGCCAUCUCUGCCACAAACAUUAAGCAGCCCCUCAUUACCAUCUUCUUCAUGUGCUCAGCCAUCUGAUCUUACAGUACCUUUAGGAUCUCAGGCCAGUAUUCAUCAGACACAACCAACAACUCUUCUACAGCAAGCAACACCUUCGUCGCUACAGCAGCCGUCCAUUCAGAUCUCUUCCUCUCAGAUUUCUCCUCAACAGAAAUGCCAACCAGUGGUUUCAACAACAUUCCAAAGUUCAGACGAAAUCCUAAUUAGCAGUAAGACUGCCUCAGCUAACAGCAGCAUUAUUGAAGAUCAUCGUAAGUCCUAUUUACAAAAGCCAACAGUCGAUACUAUCUUAGAAGAAGAGGAGGAGGAAGAAGUAGAAGGGGAACGCAAAAACAAGGAUGUAACUCUUCAAGAGGAUGUAGCAAACCUAGUACCGUCAUCGAUCAAAGAUACUCCAAGUCGACCAGAUGUGGAAGCGAACAAAGAAAAUGAUGGAUCUUACGAGGAAAUUACAGACAAUAUAUAUCUUACUGAAAGGAAAAAAUCAAAGCAAAUGAGGGAAGUACGACGUAUGGUUUGUGAUUGCACAAUAAACCCUGAAGAUAGAGAUGCCAACUUGGAUGCUUGUGGAGAAGAUUGUUUGAACCGGAUGCUGAUGAUAGAAUGUGGUUCCCGUUGUCCAUGUGGGGAAUACUGCAACAACAAAAGAUUCACUCGACAUCAAUAUGUAAAUGUCACAACAUUCCAGACAGAAAACAAAGGACUUGGAUUGAUGACUCUUGAAGAUGUCCUACCGCAUACAUUUGUCAUGGAGUAUGUUGGAGAAGUUCUUGACUAUAAGCAGUUCAAGAAUCGGACAAAGCAGUAUGCUAAAAAUGGCCAGGAGCAUUAUUAUUUCAUGUCCCUGAAUGCUGAUGAAGUGAUUGAUGCCACAUACAGAGGAAAUAAAUCUCGUUUUAUUAAUCAUAGCUGUGAUCCAAAUUGUGAAACUCAAAAGUGGACGGUAAAUGGAAUGCUGCGAAUUGGAUUUUUCACCAAAACGUUUAUUAGUGCUGGGCAGGAGAUGACAUUUGAUUAUCAGUUUGAAAGCAAACAAGCACAAAAAUGUCACUGUGGCUCAAGUUGUUGUCGAGGAACAAUAGGUGGUAAGAAGAAGUCUACAGUGAAAUCCAAGAAGAAAAGUGUUUCCUCAGAAAAGAAAAAGAAAGAGUUUGAAGAUGAAUCUAAUAUCCUAAAGCUCAAUAAGCAAUGGAACAACAUGUCGCAGAGUGAUGAUGAUGGUGAUGACGGUGACGACAAUGGUGGUGACAACGGUGAUGAGGAGGACGACGGCGAUGACGAACAAGGCGCCGUUAAGAAGCAACCAGAUGGCCAGAUAAAACUACUCAUGUUGGAAGAAGAAAUGGAACGAAUGUCCCAGUUGGAAGGAUUAAAGAAUAAAGAACAUGUACUUAACCUGUGCAGGUUAAUGGUUAGAGCAGAAAGUAAUGACCAUCGAUUGUCCAUAUUGCGCAUAUUGCAGGGCACAAAUGAGCAGGCUUGUUUGCGUCUAUUCUUGGACUAUCAUGGCCUACCUUUACUGUGGAGCUGGAUGGCUGAUAUUGGUGAUGGGGCUCCCUAUUUAAAAUUACAGAUCUUGGACACUUUGAAGAUGCUUCCCAUAACUAACAAGACAAUUCUGCAAGAAAGUAAAAUUUUACCUAUGGUUUUAAAAUGGGCUACUGAACUUAAAUUGACGGCAGAUCCCGAAAUUGAAACAGAACAAAGCAAUGAUAAUUCGUCACAAGCUGGCACUCCUUCAUCAGUGGCAAGUCGAGAUGAACGACCACCGAAGAAGAAGGUUAAAUUUGCUGACGAAACUAGUUCGGACAGUGAAAUGUCAGAGUGUAGCCGGUUGAGCGGCAUGAUAUAUGUCAAUGAACCUACAACUAAAAAUGGACUGAAUGAAGUUGCCGACAGCUCUGAUAUGACAUAUACAGAUUAUUCUACCCCAGGAGGAAAUUUGUACAUAGACGAUUUAGAUGAAACCAGAUCUUCUAAAUCACCUUCUAGUGGAGUGCCUAAAAGUGGAAUUCUUAUUAAACCAGAACUGCAAAAAGAGUUAUCAAGUGAAUCUUCCUCUUCACCUGUUGUUGACGACAAAAUCCAGUCUAAUGAGGCUGAAUCUUCCUCUCCAGAUAUACUUGAGAAAUCAACGAAAGAAAAGUCAGAAGACGAUACUUUAACAAAAGACGAUGACAGCAGCAAUGAGGUCAAGGUAGCAGCGGACGAGAAGAACUUUGAUUCAAGCAAGUUGUCAUCAGUGGUUUCUCUCGCCACUGACCUACUCAAGCACUGGAGUGAUUUAAAGGAAGUUUUCAAAAUCCCAAAAAAGAAAAGGUUGAAGAGCGGAAAAGAACAGAAAGAGAAUUACGUGGAGUUUGUUUUUGCAUUGCUUUAUCAUGUUGAUAUUUUUAUAUUUUUUACAGAAAGAGAUCGUAAGCGUAGAUAUGAGGCAUCACCUGAUAAAAAUCAUAAUCGAUUUAGAACACGCUCAGAUCGAAGGCGGGAUGAUGUUCAAGAAUUGCUCAAUCCCAAUAGGCCUAGAAUUUAUGGUUUCAACAGGCGUGUUCUGCUACCUACACCGCCCAAGCUGAGCAAAGAAGAACGGCGCCAACAGUUUGAGGCCCAAGUAAGAGCAGAAGAUGAACGUGCAGAAUUUCAAAAGCAACAAGAAGCAGCUUACAUUCAACAACAACAAGAAUAUAUGCAACAAUACAAUAUUUCUGGGGAAGGCAAUGGCUAUGAUUACUAUGCACAGCAUGACCCAAAUAUUGCUUACCAACAAGAUCCAAACAUGGUUUACCAGCAUGAUCCGAAUGUAGCAUAUACACAAGAUCCUUCAGCAGUGGUAGCUUACCAAGCAGACCCAGUGACUGGAAUGUUUCCAAAUCCUGCUACAUACCCACAAGAUCCAAAUGCUCAGUAUCAAGACCCCAACAGUGUUUACCAUCUAUCCAAUUAUCUCAUACCACCCCCUACAGAUCCAGCUGCCUAUGCAGUGUCAACAGCUGAUCCAGCUGUAUACCCAGUGCCACCCCCAACAGAUCCUAAUGCUUAUCAAAUACACCCAACUGACCCAAAUGCUUAUCAAAUACAACCACCUGAUGCAAAUGCUUAUUCUGUAACCCCUACGGACCCAAAUGCAUACCAGGUCCCUGCACCUGAACAAACGACUUUCCAAACCACCACAGAACAGACUAGUUAUCAGACUGAAAGCAACAACUAUCAGAUAUCUGUUCCACCACCUGUUACGCCUGUACCUGCUGAGCCUAGUUAUCCAAAACCAAGUGUAGCAGUAACAGCUGCUACUUCACCAGCAGUUACUCAACAACCAUCAGUUGCAGAAGCUCUUUCAGAACAUUGCUUUAUGCCAGCACCAAGUGUACCAGUUGUACUUGAAACAGGCACCCCUCAGACAACACCUAAUCAUAGUGUUCUACCAACAAUGACACCAACAUAUAUAGAACCUGGGAGCUCUGUACCCACUUUGUAUUCUAAUACACCUGCUUUUUCUGUUCAAUCCAAGUACAUGACUACACCUCAAACAAGUCAGACGACAUCCUACCCACAAACAACACCUCCUCAAUCCAGCACUCUACCUCAGCUACCCCCUCAGCCUCCGCAGCUGCCUGCAGCUUCUCUUGUUAAUGUUCCUCCUCCGACUCCAUCAUCAACUCCGCAGACACCAUUAUUUGUGCAAGGCCAACAAGGCCAGCCGCCACAACAGCCACCAGCAGCACCUCCUCAGGUUUUCUAUCCUCCAACACCACAAGCACUGGUUGUACCUCCUCCACAGCAUUUCUCUCAGCCCCAGGCCUCAACUCCAGCCGUUGCUAGCUCACAAGUUGUACAAAUUAACCAAGGAUUGUUUGCUUGUCAACAGGUUGACCAAUUACAACAGCUACAAAUGCAAAACAUUGUUUUACCAUCAACAACUUCAACUAAUGCAGCAACCGAUGACGAACCUCCUCCACCACCCUCACCUCCAAAGCCAAAAGUUACCAAGCUUCCAGCCAACUGGAAGAUAGCUAAAGAUGCUGAAGGAAAACAGUAUUAUUAUCAUACCCUAACGAGGCAAACACAGUGGGAUCUCCCAAAAUGGGACCAAAGUGAUCAAGAUGAUAUGGAUCUGGGAACACCAACUCACGAUGAACCACAAAACAAGUCAAAAAGAAAAGCCACAACCACAGCAGCAGCUGAUACUUCCAGUGAACUUGCCAAAAGAAGCAAGGAAGCAUUCCGCAAUAAGAUGUCCCAAUGGAUUGUUGCCUGCUUGAAUCCCUAUCGGAAACCAGAUUGUAGACUCGGUCGAAUAUCUAGCACAGAUGACUUCAAGCAUUUGGCAAGAAAGUUAACUCACCAUGUGAUGGCCAAGGAGUUGAAACAUUGUAAACAUCCUGAAGAUUUAGAAGUCAAUGAAAAUGUAAAAGCAAAGGCAAAAGACUAUAUUAAAAAAUACAUGUGUAAGUUUGGAGCCAAUUAUAAAAAAGCCCAAUCACCUACACCAGAUGAUUGAAGACAUUUUGUUGGUUAGCAUCUACAUUUCACAUGGGAAUUUUUAUCAUUGUCACUUAUGAUAUAUACUAACAACUUGGUGCUGUUCCCUUAGCUUUGUUCGAAAGCUUUGAACACUACAUGAAUGUAAACACCUGACAAGAGGAAGAGUUUUAAUUUAUCAUCUGGUUUGUUAAGUUACCUCCUCCAAUUAGGAAAACGCACAAAUCUAUCUUUCCUCUUUCCGUCCUAUGGACGUAACUGACGUGACAAUAGGGCUAGUUGUGAAAAGAAACAAAUUUUCAUGAAACUCCCUGCAAAGAAAAUCCAAUGAAAUCAUUGUAAAUUGAUUUUCAUUAACGAUCUCAAGUGCAUUUCAUAACAGUAUACACACACAUAUUAUAUGCAUUUAGAGGUUAAGUCUCCACUGUUUGUUGGCGUUUCUGUUUUUUUUUUUCUUUGUUUUAUUUUCCUUGAUGUCCUGGCUGUCGUUCUGUGUAAACAGCAUUGAGACACUGUACAUAGAAAGUGAAUGGGACCAUGGGAAAUCUUCCCUUCUAACAAGCCAAAUAGCAGUUCCCUGAAACUGAGGAAAAGCAGGCAGGCAGGGAUGGGGAGGCUAUCUUCUGACUCAGUUCUCAUUCAACUUCCAUUCCAUCAACCGUAAUUCUUUCACCUUUCCUUUCUCAUUUUUUUUACUUUUUUUAAUUUACAUGCCAUAAAUAGUUGAAUGAAGUUGGAUUACACUUGUUCCUUGUUUUUAAAUAUGCAUACACUUCUAAGUUAUUCAAUUAUCAAAUUACCUAUUUGGUACCCAUAAUUUUACCUGCUUAAUGUUUACGAACAGUGUAUGCUGAUCUCACUUUACCUAAAGGGACACACUCAUCCUUAAACAAGCAGUGAAUCAAUAGCUUCACUGGUCAAGAAUCCCUUCUGCUGACAAUAAAAUGCUAUCAUUUCAAAAAUUGGUCAUAUUAAAAAUGUCUUUAUCUCUGAAAGAGUUUAAGAUUUAAAACAUUUUUAUUCAAUGUUUUACCACUAUGUGGCUACUAUUUAUGUUCAAAAUUUGCUAAGUAUUUUAUCAAUGAAAUUUUUAAAUUGUAAAUUUUCUUUAUUACAAGAAUUCAUUGUAAAAUAAGCCUAAUCAUGUUUUAAUGAAAUCAUUUUUUUUAAUUAAUUAAUUAAUUUCAAACACAAAAGCGGGGGUUAGAAUAUUUGUAAAUCCUGCCAUCAUUCUUUUUAGCAUUGUUUUUUUUUUUUAAUACAUCAUGGAAAUUAAUUAAUUUUUUUUUUUUUUAAACAAAACCAUUUUAAAAACUGUGAAUGUGGAGACAAUACUGAUAUUAUUGGGUGCUCUGAAUUCUUUAAAAUAUAUUAGAUAAUCAAUUUGCAUUCAGAACUUUCAACAACAAAUCACUGAAUUUUACCUCCAACUAAGAUCUAAUAGGAGUUUUUUAGUUUAAUGCAUCUGAUGGGUUAAUAUAUGAAGAAAAAAAAAGGUCUGAUAUAGAUAUAUAUGUAUAUAUAUGUAUGUAUAUAUAGAUAUAUAAUGAGAGAAUAUUUUCCAACUGCCUCUGUAGAGUUCUUUCUACGAUCCAUUGAGGUAAUCACAAGGUAUCUAGCAACAGGAUUUUGUUUUUAACACAUAAACUGAUUCACAAAAUACAGCGUUGUUACAGCCUUUUAUGCUAAUCUAACAGUUAUAUUUUUCAAAACUGUGAAGAAACCGUUCAUCUACAUUGGUAAAAAAAAAAGAAAAAAGCAACAAAAAACGUAGCUAUGGCAGCAGAUACUUGUUAAUGUAAAUGUUAAAACAGUUAUUUAUUAAACUAUGAACUGGUAUUAAAAGAGAUGAACCAAUUGUGUAAUUUAUCCCAUUUUUUUUUUAUCUUUAUUUUUUAGAUUUUUAUUUUUUUUGUUAUUGUGUUUUGGUUGAAAUAAAUAGUUAACAGAUAACAUUGUCAUUUAUUUAUCUAUUAAUUACUACAAGUAAAAGACACAAUGUUUUCGAUAUGUGCCAUCUCAUCAAAUGUUUUAUCGAACAUCCCUACUACUAACACGUAACUUUAAUGCAUGCAUACCAGUGAGAAAUGCAUUUAGAUGGAAAAUGCUUUAUUUUUAGUUUUCAACCUAUUUAUGGACAUAGCUACUUGUUUCUGAUUAUGUAAAUACACGAAUAAAGCAUACCGAAGAACUAGUCGGAUCUGUGUUGAUUUUACAUUGAAAAUAUCUUCUAAUAAUUUGCAAAUGUAUCAAUGUAAUUCAAGAGAACCAUUCCACUAUGAAAUCUUGUAAAUUAAAAGAAAUAACAUUUUAUUUUUUUUGUUUUUUUAUCUUCCUCUCUCUCAUUAUUGUAACUUCAUAUUUAAUAAGAGUUCACUUAUGUUUACCACUUGUUUUAUAGUCUUAUUUCCUCCUGCUCUCUCCAUGGAGCCCUGGGCGACUCAUUUCUCUUGUAAUUUUGAGUUCUGAAGGCAAGGUCACUCGGCUCAAACUCAAUUACUCUUUCUUUCUCACCGUAGGCCUAGGAUGUUGGAAGUCGAGGAGAAGGCAUUCAUAAUUCUGCCUAGGGGUCCCAUUAUACAUACUCUCUGCCAGGACCAGCAGAAUGUGGAACAUAUGUAAAGUAGGGUUGUCAUGUGUUUUAGAUAAUUGUCACUACCCACGCUAUUUACUGUGACAUUGCUUACAAGUUUCACAACUCAAAGAAAUGUUUAGUUUGAUAUAUUAAAUAUAGUUGGCUUACACUGAACUGUAGCUUUAAACAUUAUUUGAAAUAAUAUUUCUGAUAUUUUUAUCGUAACAGUGAUCGAGAGGGGGGAAAAUGAAGGCAGUGUUUGAUACAGCAGUAAAUAAAAACAGAGUUAGACACUCAUUAGCCACCCUUUAACUGUCUUUAACCCUUUUGUUAUAACAUUUCUGUUGAAGUACACUUUGUUUCAGUUAAUAAUGGAAAUAAAGUAACUUAGUGAUUAUUAAGUUGGUAUUUGAAGCAUAAAUUAACAUGACAUCCUUGUGCAAGGUUUUAAUUAGCAUCACUUUUAAACAAGAAGUAUGUAUUGUAGGACCAGGGAUGACUUCAAAUGGGGGUUGUUAUGAAAAGGGUUAAAAUGCAUCAGUGGCCAGAAAGAAAAAAGACAAGAUCUGCAUAUCAUCAAUACACCUGAAAAUAUCUUAACAAAGUAGUUGAAAUUUGAUAAGAUUUUAUACAUGCAUAAAACUACAGCUGUAACUCAAGUGUAUAGUGACUUGGUAGCAUAUAUCAUACUUUUGCUAAUGGUUUUAGAUGACUAGGAGACAAACGUAGACUGCCUCUCAACCCUACCAGCUGACUAGUUGGAGGGAGAGAGGUCCGCACCAGUACUUGGCUGGUAUUAAUUUACUAAUUUUCUUCUGAGUUAAUUGAAGCAAUGUGAAAAGAAGUGCCUUGUUCGGUGAGAUAUUCUGAAGGAUAGCCAUUGAAUUGUUCACAGUAGCAUUUCCCUAUUGCUACUUAGAAGAAAAAAUUGGCCAUCACUUUGCAAGCAAGCAUAACCAAGUAGCUUGUACCACACUUUCACUAAUUGUUUUAGGUAUCUGAGUAGUUACAAGUUAACAUAGACCUCCUCUUAACCCAUCCUCCCUUGGACCCAGUACAAUACUGAUGAUGUGACAAGUGGAGGAAGAAAGAGACUUCGUUCACAGCUGAGUAAACUGGGGCAGCAUGAGACGAUGUGCCUUGCUCAAAGACACCUGCCCAAUCUAAAAAUCAAACCCACUACCUUAGGAUAGCAAAUCCAUCAGUCUAACAACUAGGCCAAAUGCUCUCAGACAGCUGUCCUUUGCCUAUGCCAGGGGUCCCCAAACUUUUUAGACCAUCGACCCCUUCAUGAAAUCAUUGACCCCCCAGGCAUGUACAAGAAAAUAAAUACGUAGAUGUGCAAUAUCGACCACUUUGGAGACCCCUGGCCUAUACUGUUAUCAUUAUGAGGGCUUCAUGUAGCUUUAUUUAGCUGUUUGAUUAAAUCUUCAUAUCUUUCACCACAAGGACUCUUGUCAUCAUAUCAAUGUGACAAUAUUCCCUCUCAUGCUACAAUUCAAGUUCAGAAUUCUUCUUAUCCGUGACUUCCUUCUCUCUCUCUCUACUCAUUGGGUAAAGCUCAGCAGCUCCAGGAAACAUUUUUACCAAACUUUCAUACGUUCUUAGUUUUUGGACCUGUAACAACUAAUUCUUCCCAUUGAUUACUGUUAAAUACUGUUUCCAAUAAUCAGUCAGUUUCCCUUGGAUCAACGAGGGAGCCUCUAAGUGGCUGCAUGACCUGCUAGAAAUAGCAGCCAAAUAGACCAUAAAUUAGAUCCUGUCUUUUAAAGAAAUCUCUCUUAAAAUUUAUAUUGGAUAACAUAGGAAUAAUGAUGCGUGAUACAUGAAAAAAUAAGCUUUCAAGGUUGGUCUGCUUUUUGAUCAGAAGUUUGAUCCAUCAGGGCUGACCCAGGGUUAAACAACAACUGUUAUCUUUCGGAAAAUAACACAUUACCUUGUAAAUAAUAAAUUUGUUCAAAAUCUA